UUGAGGAAGUAUAUACGAUGAAACGGAAACUUCACUUUAUAGUGUAAUUUAUGAUUUUGGCUAGACAGGAUUAUGUUUUUUAUGAUUAUAUUAAUAUUGACUUUUCUAAGCCUUUCCACUACUGAAGCCAGUGAGUAUUACAAAAAUAAGGAACAUGCAACAUGGACGGAAGCACUGAGCAGUUGUGCCCUUGCAUUACCAAUGUUUCGAGAACAUUUAGGCCAAACAGUUGUCAGAAUCUCAAACAAAGUAACAGACGAUCUUUGGGUUGGAUAUUUCAAGGCACUUACGGCAUUUGAAUACAAAGGCUGCAUUAGAAAUGAAAAUUUUACGAAAAAGUUUGGCUCAGCAAGAUUAACGAUAGGUCUUUGUUUCUCUGCAUGUGGAAGGAAACAAAUUGUUGGUAUAAGCGGAAGGAAAUGUUAUUGCGAAGAUCAAAUGAAUUUCGACGCGGAUGUCCGGUUCACCUAUUGUUACAAACCUAGAAAUUCCAUUGCAAACGUACAUAACACAUGCGAUCAAAAUGAUUGUGUGUCAGUCUACAAGGUUAAUAAUAGGGUCACUAAAGAUCAGACUUUAGAUAUGAAAGAUGAAAUGUGUCUGAAGUUUGAAUCUGUGCAAUAUGGACGGUAUUCUUGGACAGACUGUGGACAACAUAACCUAGCGUUUUGUGUUUUUGAAGAGGCUCAUCUCACUUCUAGAAAAACCAUGAGUUGGAGGGAGUCUGCAAAUUGGUGCUUCGCCCAUGAAGGCAACCCUUUAACUGACGCGGAAUUACGAUUAAAAACGGAUAGUUUAUCAAACUCUGCAUGGACAAGUAUCAUUUGCAGUUAUGUAAUAUAUACAUACACAGAAUACGAUAACAGUCUAAACAGUAUUCGAUAUGGGUAUCUGGCAAGUGAAGGCCCUCGCACAGUUCUGAAAUUCAUAGAUGCAUCAACAGAAAAGAAGAUGAUUCUGUGCAGAAACGAAUCACCAGAAACUUCAACAAUUGUUUCAACACAGACAGGACACGUUUCUACAGACAAUGAUUUAAGUACAUCCACCGAAAAACCACCUACUUCAUCAGUACCGAAAACGAAAAAUGCAACAACAUCGACAGACAUGUCUACUAAUCCUAGAUAUAAGGAGUUGAACGAAGAAGUUGCAGACUCACUAGAUUUACAUGUCGGUGCUAUUGUCGGCGCCUCAGUUGGCUCUGUCAUGAUUAUUAUUGCUGUGGCUGUUAUCCUGUUGAUAUUAAAAAGAAGACGUAACCACCAAACCGUGUAUACAAAAUCUUCGAACGAGACAACCAUUCAAGUGAGUCAAGAAGCCCAGUCAUAUAAUCAUGUUGCUGACAAAACAGGGAACGAUCACAAUCAGUCUAGACACAAAAAUUAUGCGUGUACCUACGAAAUGUCAGACAAACACGUAAAGGAGUCUUGGAUUGAUGAUACUACAUACGAUACGUCAUGCUCUACAAAAAGAGAUAAAUACUUGGAAAGCGGAAAUAUCUAUAAUAAGUUAGAUACAGAUGUCAAUGCAACGUACGACCAUGCAUACAAUAAAAGAAAAAACGGUACUGGCAAAGCAGAAGACACUUAUGAUACUGCUGAAAUGGAUGCUUUGGCAACCAAAGCUGAUAACAAACCAGACAAACAUGUUGACACAGAUGAAGAUGCCUACAAUCAUAUAAACGGUAAACAACUGAAAACUUGCAAAACAGAUAAUGUGUACGGUAUAUCGAGCUAUUUGGGAACAGGUGCUCGGGAAGAAGGUACAAGUAAUGGAAAAGAUCCCCACUGUGAAGGAGACACUUAUAGUCAUAUAAAUAAUACAUCACGGAAAUGUAGCAAACCGGAUAAUGUUUAUGGCGUUCCUAACAAAUUACGUACUUCAAGCGGCGAAACGAAACACCAAGAAGGAGAUUAUGAUGUUUCUGACAAAGAUAUACAAGUGUUAGAUACGGACAACGAGUACUCAAAACUUGGAACACUGUCUUAACAAACUAGAACUGUUUCCAGAGAGUCUUCCACCUAUUACCAUUAAAAUAUCAUAUUUGAAAACUCAAGACCUUUUUAGUAAAUUUAUUUUCAUAUAAAUGUAUUUGUAAAGCUGUAUGACUCAGUCGUAAAAAUAAUGAUAUCAUAUUCUAAAGCAAUCAAUAAUCCAAACAUGUGGAAAUAAACUAAGAAAUAAUACAA